AUGGCGCACAAAGACGAAAUACAACACCUGUUUAUGAAGAGAAGAAGACCUACAAUAUUAGCGUUAACAGAAACUAGACUGACCCCAGAAAUCGAGGAUAGCGAGGUUAACGUACCGGGUUAUAGCGUUGUGAGAUGCGAUGCCGAGAAUAGAAACACAGGAGGGGUUCUGCUAUAUGUUAAAGAAAAUAUUAAAUUCAAAGUAAUUGAAAAGAAGAAGCUAUUGUCAAACUGUUGGUGCUUAGCGAUAGAAGUAAAAGAUAACUUAUAUAAAGGGGUGAUAGCAGUGGUGUAUCACUCACCUAGUGCAUCUGAUGGUGACUUCAUUCGAUUCUUAGAAGACGUAGUAGAAAGCAUGACAAUAAAAGGUGAUUGUAUAAUAAUCGGGGAUUUUAAUAUAGAUGUAAGUGUAGAAUCGUUCUACACGAGGAAACUAUUAACAGCAAUGCAAAACUUAGGGAUGAAGCAAUAUGUGGAUAGUCCGACAAGGUCCACGAAAGAUAGUCAAACAAUUAUAGACUUAAUAUUUUCGAACAAGAUAUUAAAGACACAG